GGGCGGAAAAGACAACAGGGCCACCGGGAGGCGGGCCCUCCUGCUGCUGGACACCCCGGACUGGCUGGCACAGCACGGGCUGCACAGCAAGGACCCCGAAGAGGGCUGCCCGGUCGAAUGCCUAAAGGACCCCGCUUGGCCCGAAAGGCUAGCUAUCGCAGUGCCUGGUGGCCGGGCCCCGCGGCGGGAGGACCAGGUGACUCGUAUCCGAACUCCACCCGGGGCUCCCAAAUAGCCCAGACUCUGGAGCGGAUUUAGGCCUCGGAGGGAGAUGACCUCGAUCUUGCGGAGCCCGCAGGCUCUCCAGCUCACUCUGGCCCUCAUCAAGCCUGAUGCAGUUGCUCACCCCCUGAUUCUGGAGGCUGUUCAUCAGCAGAUUCUGAGCAACAAGUUCCUUAUUGUGCGAAUGAGAGAACUUCUAUGGAGAAAGGAAGACUGCCAGAAGUUUUACCGAGAGCAUGAAGGACGUUUUUUCUAUCAGCGGCUGGUGGAGUUCAUGGCCAGUGGGCCGAUCCGAGCCUACAUCCUCGCCCACAAGGACGCCAUCCAGCUCUGGAGGACCGUGAUGGGACCCACCAGAGUGUUUCGGGCACGCCACGUGGCCCCAGAUUCAAUUCGUGGGAGUUUUGGCCUCACCGACACCCGUAACACAACCCACGGCUCAGUGAACAGCGCUGGUACGAGGAGGAGGAGCCCCAGUUGCGCUGUGGCCCUGUGCACUACAGUCCCGAGGGUGGCAUCCACUUUGCUGCUCCAGCAGGAGGCCCGGGGCCAGCCUGACACAGGCCUUAAGAGAAACCACCGCGAUGAGAAGUCCGUGCACCGCAACUAGAGAGGAGCCCCCGCUCACUGCCACUGGAGAAAGCCCACGCAGCAAUGAAGACCUAGUGCAACCAAACAUAAAUGAAUAUAUAUAUAUCCGUAAUGUUCAGAGUAAAAGCCAAGCCCUGAGUGGCCCACUAGGUUCCACAUUCUUUCAUAACCUACUGGCUUUCUGACUCCAUCUGUACUCUGCCCUUCGUUCACUCCAGUCUGAGCUGCAUUGACCUCUGUCCUGCUGCUGUGCAGACUGGGUCCUAUGUCUGGAACACCCUUCUCCCAGAUAUACUACUGGUGUAUCCCAAGGACACAGAACUGGACUUAACAUUUAAUAGUUAAUAAACACUUUUGAGUGAACGAGUGAUAGGAGCAGAGUUAAUUAAGAACGAACAUGAAAAGUUAGACAGAAGACAGACACAUGUUCUGUUCUCAACACUGUUAGAAUCAAAGGCUCCUUGUCAUAGUCUAUGUUUUGUAACAUCUCAUUUACUGUCUUGAAAUGAGAUUCAUAUUGAAUAAAAUGUCCCCAUACACAGCAUUUAAAAAAUAGUGCCCUAACCAAAAUAUA